CGGAACAUUGAGGAAGAAGGAGGGCGAAAGUGAAUAUCGCGACUGCUGUGCGACAGAUGUUGGUAAAGUCUAGUGGGAUGUAGGCAGAGGAAGAGGAAGAGGAAGAGGAAGAGGGGGAAGUGUCCCGCACAGAGAUGAACGCGUCUUUCAGUUGGAGACGGACGAUGGGCAUCAAAGAGGCGACGUGUCCUUCACCGAAGAGCUUCAUCUGGCCACUCUGAAGGGCAUGUUAUUGACGGAACCAGAUCUCUACAGAGGACUUAACUCAAGUCUGAUUCCAACUUGACUACCGCUGGUUAUGAAAAUCUGCACUCCGAGUCUGAAACGGUAGGUGUUCAAGCAGUCAACAUUUUAAAGAAAAUAAAUGAAAUACAAAGAAACAAUGCUUGAGAUCCUAACACUGUUUUUCUAUCUGCAUGAAUUGCCAAAUUAGCAGAGCUAGUGUCUUUCCAUGUGUGUCUCUUCUCAGGCUGGGGGUAAGAUGUUUGUGGAGUCGCUCCUCCGAUGGGGGGCCUGGAUUAUCCUGUUCCAGGUUGCAUCGAUUUUAUCUGCAGGAAGCUGUCCUUCGCGCUGCGUGUGCCGUCCUGAGACUAAAGAGGUGAUCUGCUCUGGCAAACAUUUGAACUCGGUGCCGGAGGGCUUUUCCGGAGAUGCCAGACGUUUGGAUUUAUCUCACAAUAAGAUUAAGACUGUUGGGCGCCGCCAGUUCUCUGGCCUCUUGCAACUUCAAGAGUUGGAUCUCAGCGAUAACAUAAUCUCCAUGAUUGAGGUGGAGGCUUUCCAGGCCCUACAGAAUCUGAGGGCGCUUCGGAUUAAGAAUAACCGACUGAAGAUCAUCCCGGUCGGGGUGUUUUCUGGACUGUCGAAUCUGCGUCUUCUGGAUUUGAGCCAGAAUGAGAUCCUGGUCUUCCUGGACUACACCUUCAAAGAACUGGUCAAUCUGCAAACGCUGGAAGUCGAGGAGAACGACCUGGUCUUCAUAUCCCAGCGCGCUUUCUUUGGUCUGCAGAAUCUGCAGGAGCUCAACUUAGACCGCAGCAAUCUGACCUCCGUUCCUACCGAGGCAUUGUCCCAGCUCAAGAGUUUGGCCCGUUUUCGCAUGCUACGCCUCACUAUUUCUACACUCCCUAACAACGCUUUCCGGCGACUACACCGUCUGCACAGCCUCCUGAUUGCAAACUGGCCAUCUUUGGACACUGUGGCCAGCAACAGCCUGAUCGGUCUUAAUUUGACCACGCUUGUCAUCAACAGCUGCAACCUAAGUACCGUUCCUUACUCAGCACUUCGUCACCUGGUGUACCUGCGCUACCUGGACCUGUCCUACAACCCCAUCACUGUCAUCCAGGGCAAUCUGCUCGCGGACCUCAUAAGACUACAGGAGUUACACCUAGCAGGGGGGGGCCUGCUGAGAAUAGAGCCGGGUGCCUUUAGGGGACUGGCCUACCUUCGCAUGCUUAAUUUAUCCUCCAAUCAGCUCACUACUUUGGAGGAGGGCGCCUUCCACUCUGUGGGGAACCUUCAGGUGUUGCGGUUGGACGGGAAUCCCCUAGCAUGUGACUGCCGGCUUCUCUGGGUGGUCCGCCGCCGGUUGCGCUUGAACUUCGAUGGACAUCAGCCCACGUGUUUGUCUCCCGAUGCGGUGAGUCGGCGAGAAUUCAGAGAUUUUUCCGAGAAGGAGCUACCCCGGUUGUUUACGUGCCGCCCGGCCCGUGUCAUGGACCGCAGGCCGCAAGAGGCCAGAGUAGAGGAGGGCACUACGGUUCUCUUCUCCUGUAAGGCCGACGGGGAUCCGUUCCCAUCAAUUACCUGGAUCUCCUCUCUGAAGAAUGUGGUUAGUCCAACAGGACGCAUCCGAGUUUUGCCCAAUGGUACCCUAGAAGUACGAUUCGCCCAAGUGCAGGACAGUGGCACGUAUCAGUGCCUGGCGGGCAAUGCAGCCGGCAACGACAGCCUGACCGUCGGCCUGUACGUCAAGGGGCUCCCUCGUAACCGAACCAUCCCCUUCUUCUCAGAGGAAGGCUGGCUGGAGCCUUCAAACUCCCAAGGGGCCAACUCCUCAGCUCAAAUGUCUAAACCGUACCCGUUUGACGCAAAGACCCUGAUAAUCGCCACCACCAUGGGCUUCCUGUCUUUCCUCAGCUCAGUGGCCAUCUGCUUUGUCUUCAUGUUCUUCUGGAGCCAGAGCAAAGGUCAGAUCAAGCACACUGCGACUAUUGACUUUGUCCCUCGGUCUUCGAUGAGUGGUGCAGGGGAGGGAGCGGAUGGCGGCAGGUUCACCAUGAAACUUAUUUAGCGGUAAAAAGGGGCCUGCGGGUUCUUCUCCACAUGGAACCACAUGGACACUCAUGGACCAAGACCUUUCUUUCAAGGCCCCCUUUGAAGGUGAAGCAGAGCCAUUUGUUAGCCCUCUUCUAAUUUUAGAGUGUAAGUUAUGUCUCAGCAACCACUUUGCUAUCAAAUGAAUGUCUUGGAAUAGAAGGAUGUCAACAGAUUGAAGGCCGAGGUCUUGUAGUUGUAUCGCAUUUGUUUCCAGCGUUUUAUUUUAAAUGAAUGAACACUAAUUUUGUAUGUAGCAGGUAAGUUUGAAAUAGUUUAAAUUUUCGCCGAUUUUUGGAUUAACAAGUGAAGAACGUUUGCGUUUCUGCAUUGUAGGUGCUUGUUUAAACAUGCAUAUUGUACAAGUGUGCUUAUAUGUCUUCACUUGCCAACACGAGUCAUGCAAACAUUUGCCCUUUUGAUCCUUGGGUUUCUAUUUAAGCUCACAGCACACGGGGUUUAUGAUAAAGACUGCCAAGUGUAUGCGGCUACGAAGCUUUGCAGCUCCGCAGAGUGCUUCAGGUUUGCUGCAUGGACUGCUUGCUGAAACGAGUACCGCUUACUUUGAAUAGAUUGUGUAGCAGUGCAAAAUGACUGAUACAAUACCGUAAUGUACAUAAUGUCCCACUUCACGUUCUCAAAACAAAUUUGUGGAUCGCUACAUUUUUCAAAUUAGAUCACUUUCUUUUAAUAUAUUAUUAUCUCAAGUUGUAACGACAGAUGACUCUCUUUGAUUUUUCCUAUUUACAAAAAACUGAUAUUUUUUUUACCCACAGAAAUAAUUGAGAAAAUAUGUGCCUCGGUGACAUUCUUACCAUCGACAGAGAGAAUGCAAAGCUGAACAUUGUCAUUUUGUAAAUAUUAGGUCAAGGGCGUUUGUGUGCGCUCUGCUUAUUCUAUCACUUAAUCUGGUUCUGGGGAUUAGUGUCACUCAAAUAUUGCACUCUUGCAUUAAUGUAACUGUGUAGAUGCAGUAUACACAAAGCAACGCUUUAAUAUGCCGGUAAAAGACAGUAUAAGUGAUGCUCAUAUACAGCAUUGACAGGUUUGUUUAUUUACUGUCUUGUUCAUAACAUACAUACCGAUUUACAUUUUACUGUAUUAAAUGCCUAUAUUUAAACCU